AUGUCGUCCGAUCUUCUCGCCGAAUUUGAUACAUUCUAUAAAUCAUCUCAAGAUACUCAACCACAAGCUAGCAAGAGUUUCUCAUUUUUCGAUGGUAUAACCUCUAGUAAUCAAUUAGGACAGGCACAGUCAAAACAGCAGCCAGCGGAUACUGCGAAGCAAAAUGAUGAUAUAUGGGGGGAUAUGAACAGCUUCACGGGUCCAACGACUCCAGCACAAGGUGUAACUCCCCAAGAAGAUCUAUGGGGCUCUUUUGGCAUCACAGCUACACCCCCAAGGCCAACCGUCAAUGUAGCAAAGCCGAAUUACCAGGGAGGAAACAUAUUUAAAAGUGAUACUGUUCAGCCAAACCCUGGGAUAGUGCGCAGGUCCACCCUUGACCUUAUCAACAAUAAUGUUCAUGAUAUGCCAGAGUCUCUAGCUGCGUCGAAUAACCAUAUGAGCUAUUCAAACUCCCGACCAACGCUACCACCAACUAAGGGUUCGUCGGGCGGAGAAAUUCUGUUUGACGCGGAGCAAGAAGUGGAUGAAGAUGAUGAAUUCGGGGAUUUUGAAAGUGUUACUCCUUCUGCGUCCCAAACCCGGCCUCCACGACCCCUCGACGACUUUUUCAAUUCAAUGACCAUCAAUACAGAGCCGUUGAAGAAGUCCCCUGAUGUCAUGACGAAGUCGCCGAACCUCGGUACUCCACUACCAUACCCACAAGCACCCAAAUCACCAUCAUUCCAACAAAGAAAUCCAUUUCCCAAGGUAGCUCUUGCUACCCAGCAAGUCAAACAAAUAGCCAAAACCAAGAUUGGAGAUAAACCUAAAUCUGCUUCUCCUUUGACAGCUUGGCCAUCCUAUGACGAGAAAGCUCCAAAAGCAGCACCUUUUGUUGACUCACCUGCCAUACCUUCCACUGUCCAAGACAUAGAUGAUGACUGGGGUGACUUUUCAGACCUUCCAGCUGAAUCACCGGCAGUAACUAGCACAAAGCCUAACUCCGGAAUAGUAGCUCAUGCUUGGGACUGGGACGCCGUCGAUAAAGUCACGGAUCCCACCCCAGCGGAGCCUGAUCUUCCGCCUCCCACCAAUAUUCCACCCCCCUCAAUCCUCUUGACCCUUUUCCCUCAGCUCUUCGAUCUCCCCCAAUCCUCUCUCUUCAAAGCCGUAGCCAACCAGCCCUUCUCUCUGAAAAAUCGCAUCAUAUCCGACCCUUCCACCAUCAGUUUUCUCCGGGCCUAUCUUCUUAUAGCCACCGUCGCAGCGCAUAUUCUCGCGGGACGCAAAUUUCGCUGGAAGCGCGAUAUUCAUCUCUCACAGGGUAUGAGUAUUGGCCCUGCGGGAGGUAAAGGUGGCAUGAAACUAACGGGCGUCGACAAAGCGGAAAUCGCUCGUGAAGAUCGCGAGGCCGCCGAGACGAUCCGUGUAUGGAAAGAACAGCUAGGUCGACUUCGCUCAGCUGUAGCUGUAGCCAAUACGAGUCUUAAAGAUGUAUCAAAACAUCUGGCGAUUCCGGAAAUAGGGGAUACAAUGCAUGUAAAGAAUCAGGAAGGAGGAUUGACGGCGCCAAAAGCGUGUGUGGUUUGUGGGCUGAAGAGAGAAGAAAGAGUGACUAAAGUAGAUGUUAAAGUUGAGGAUAGCUUUGGGGAAUGGUGGAUUGAACACUGGGGACAUAGAUUGUGUAGGAAUUUUUGGCAGGAACAUGAGGGAAAGUUGAAAUUUAGAUGA